CUUUUUAUUUAUUUUGCUUACCUUUCCCUUCUCUCUCUCUCUCCCCUUGUCCUUUCUUCCAAUCUUUUCCUUACAUUAUACAAAAGAAAUAAAAAUAUGGUCUCUGCAUUCUUAUCUUGUACUACUAGAAAGACUGGAUUGACUUUGAAGCAACAAGUGGCUUUACAUAGUGUACGCACUUUUGCUAGUUUUACUAAUCCUGUUGUUGAAAAGGAUUGUCGAUCUAUCACUCCUCCUUAUACCAAGUUGAACAAUAAUCUCAACAAGGUGAGACGUAUCUUGAGCAAUCGUCCCUUGACUCUUGCUGAAAAGAUCGUGUAUUCUCAUUUGACCAAUCCUGAAGAAACUGUACCUGUACGUGGUGAAACUUAUUUGAAAUUAUCUCCUGAUCGUGUUGCUAUGCAAGAUGCUUCUGCACAAAUGGCCUUGUUACAAUUCAUGUUAUCUGGCAUGUCCACCACAGCUGUACCUUCCUCGAUUCAUUGUGAUCAUUUGAUUGAAGCCUUUGCUGGAGCUGACAAGGAUGUAGAAACCUCAAUCAAGAAUAACAAAGAAAUAUUUGACUUUUUGGAAUCAGCAGCGAAAAAGUAUGGUAUUGCUUUUUGGAAACCUGGAAGUGGGAUUAUUCAUCAAAUUGUCUUGGAAAAUUAUGCUGCUCCUGGUGGUUUGAUGCUUGGUACAGAUAGUCAUACUCCAAAUGCAGGUGGUUUGGGUAUGAUUGCUAUUGGUGUUGGAGGUGCUGAUGCUGUAGAUGCUAUGGCUGCUAUUUCUUGGGAAUUGAAGGCUCCUAAAAUUAUUGGUGUUAGAUUGACUGGUCAAUUACAACCCUGGGCAAGUCCAAAGGAUGUUAUUUUGAAGCUGGCUGGUGAUUUAACUGUUCGUGGUGGUACUGGACAUAUUAUUGAAUAUUUUGGACAAGGUGUUGAAACAUUAUCUUGUACUGGUAUGGCUACUAUUUGUAAUAUGGGAGCUGAAGUGGGUGCUACUACUUCAUUAUUCCCUUAUACUCAUCGUAUGCGAUCUUAUCUCAAGGCUACUGGACGAUCUCAAGUUGCUCAAGCUGCUGAUGCUAAUGCUCACUUUUUAUGUGCUGAUGAAGAAUCUUCUUAUGAUAAAGUAAUAGAUAUCAAUCUCUCCGAAGUAGAACCUCACAUCAAUGGACCUUUUACACCUGAUCUCAGUACGCCUCUCAGCAAAUUCAAAGAUUUUAUUAAACAAAACAACUGGAAGGACGAAUUAUCGGCUGGUCUGAUUGGUAGCUGUACCAAUUCUUCUUAUCAAGAUAUGUCUCGUUCUGCUUCCAUUGCUCAACAAGCCGCUGAUGCUGGUAUUUCCGUCAAAUCAAAUUUUUUGGUGACUCCUGGAUCUGAACAAAUCCGUGCUACUAUUGAACGUGAUGGUCAACAAGCUGUAUUUGAACAAGCUGGAGCUCAAGUCUUGGCCAAUGCUUGUGGUCCUUGUAUUGGUCAAUGGAAUCGUACUGAAGAACAAGGUGAAGAAAAUGCCAUUAUGACCUCUUUCAAUCGAAAUUUCAAAAGUCGUAAUGAUGGUAAUCCCAAAACCAUGAACUUUUUAGCUGCCCCUGAAAUUGUCACUGCCAUGUCUUUUGCUGGAAAACUUUCUUUCAAUCCAAUGACUGAUAGUUUGAUAGAUAAGAAUGGUAAGCCUUUCCAAUUUCAACCUCCUAUUGGUGAUGAUCUUCCUGGACAAGGUUUUGAAGCUGGUCGAGCAACCUAUGAACCACCCUCCCCUACACCUACUCCAGAUAACUCUGUGAACAUUGUGGUCAAUCCUACUUCUAAUCGUUUACAAGUCUUGGAUGCCUUUGAGCCCUGGAAUGGUGAAGAAUUCAAGGAUAUCCGUGUACUUGUCAAAGUCCAAGGCAAAUGUACCACUGAUCACAUCUCAGCUGCUGGUCCUUGGUUGAAAUACAAGGGUCAUUUACAAAAUAUUGCUGAAAAUACCCUGAUUGGUGCACAAAAUGCUGAUAAUGGCAAGGUCAAUUUGGUUCGUGAUAUUACAAAGAAUACAGAUGGUACUAUUCCCGAAGUGGCCAAGAGUUAUAAGGAUCAACACAUUGCUUGGACAGUGAUUGCUGAUCAUAACUAUGGUGAAGGUUCUGCUCGUGAACAUGCUGCUCUUCAAGUACGAUACUUGGGAUGUCCCCUCAUCAUCUCUCGUUCAUUUGCUCGUAUCCAUGAAACCAAUUUGAAGAAACAGGGGGUACUUCCAUUGACAUUUGCAAAUGAAAAAGAUUGGGAAUUGAUCUCAGGUGGGGAUGUGAUUGAAACAUCGGGUGUCAAGGAUAUUGCUCCUGGAAAACCUGUACAAUUAUUGGUGACCAAGAUGGAUGGAUCAAAACUGACCAUUGAUGCUAAACAUACCAUGAGUGCCGAUCAAAUCGAAUGGUUCCAAAAGGGUAGUGCUUUGAACUUGAUCAAGGAAAAGGUCGGAUCUGCUUAGACCUUAUUACAAUUGUUUUAAUUUAGUUGACAUUUUUUGUUGUAGAUUAGUCAUACCCUCUCUGUUGUGAAUACUAGACAUGAGGUGA